ACAAUACUGGAUAGGAGAUUGAAGCUGCCUCUCUUAUAGAGCGGUCCGUCAUUCGAACAUUGGAGCUUCUCUAGUUGUGUCUCUGAAGUCAACUCAACAUGAAGUGCCUCCUUGUCACGUGCUCACUCCUUGCAAGCGCUUCGGCGCAUACGAUUUUUACGCAGCUCUGGGUAAAUGGUGUUCCGCAGGGUCAUACCAAGGGUAUCCGAGUUCCCACCUAUGACGGGCCGAUUACUGACGUUGACUCCAAUGAUGUUAUCUGCAAUGGAGGCCCGAACCCGCUCCGACAACCCCUACCCAAAGACAUAAUCAACGUCACUGCGGGCGAUAAGCUCACCGCGGAAUGGCAUCAUACCUUGGAUAGCGCGGGCACAAACGAUCCCGCCGACCCAAUCGACAAAGGCCAUCUGGGCCCCGUUAUGGUCUAUCUUGCUAAGGUAGAAAAUGCGUUGACCACGCAGGUAACGGGUCUGAAGUGGUUCAAGAUCUAUGAGGAUGGCAUGGACAGCGACGGGGAGUGGGCAGUGACCAGACUGUACAACAACAAAGGCAAGGUGGACUUUACGCUGCCCUCCUGCAUUCAACCCGGCCAGUACCUAUUGAGGGCCGAGAUCAUCGCUUUGCACGGCGCCGGAAACUACCCGGGAGCUCAACUCUACAUGGAAUGUGCUCAAUUGAACGUGUCCGGAGGUGGAAACGCAAACCCGCCAACGGUCAGCUUCCCCGGAGCAUAUAAGGGUUCUGAUCCCGGAAUCAAGUUCCAACUGUAUUGGCCAAAACCGACCUCAUACACCAUUCCUGGCCCAAGGCCCUUCAAAUGUUAGUUACUUGUAGCAAAGGAGAUCGGACAAUGUUCGGGUUCCAAUUGUAAGGAGGCGAUCCCUGUGGCAUGGAUGUGGCAUCUGAAUGGGCCUCGCCUCGAACCCCACACAUAGAUCUGUCACCUACAAUGUAUAGACAACAUAAUGGAAAUGCAUGGUCCGCUCUUUUCCCCAGCUGUGCACUCCAUCGCUUAUGCAAUAUCAAAGAGUGGCGGAGCCCCACAUCA